UCUGAUAAUCAAAUAACAUUGUUGUUUAGCUCGGGAAGGUUGUCUGCGAUAACUGCACAAAACAAAAACAUGUUGAAUACCUGUCUGAAUAGUCUAAAACGUGAUAUACUACAAGGAAUGAAACUGUGUAGCCUAUUAAGAUAUAAUGUAGCCUCUGUGAUAAUGAAUAAUCGCGUGCCACAGCAUAGUCAACAACUGCUGAACCACCUAAGCUCCGCGGCGAAUCAUCAGUUUGCUGCGAGCUCCUACCAAUCGUUAUACAAUCAUCAACAAGUCCGGAACAAAUCAAAGAAAUCGGGAAAGCGAGAGUCUAGAAACGAGGAAGAUCUGGACGACGAUGAGCCGGAACAUGCGUACGAGGACAUUGUUAGUGACAAAUAUAAUCGUACGACAAAGGUAGUGGUCACCUCAAUGAGAGCUGAUGUGCUCCUGAAAGCGGGUCUCGAUAUUGCUCGGAAUAAGGUGGAUACUUUAUUUUAUGGAAGCAAGAUACGGCUGAACGGUAAAAAGCUGACUAAAAAGAGCACCACGGUUGAUGUGGACGACGAAAUCGAUGUGGUGCGCGGACCGAGUCCUAGUAACCCGAAUCACCUGAUUGUAUCCCGUGUGGAGAUCCUGUCGGUCACGCCACGGGCCGAAAACAUUGCCGUUGUCAUACAAAGAAACAAGUCCCUAACAAUCGAAAACUACUCUGAUGGAGCGUAUGAUGGUGAUCAGGAGAAGUAAAACAAUGCAAUGGAAUAAAUUCCUCUAGAUUUUCUGAUAACCGUAGUCUAAUGUAAUUGCGUUUAAAUCUGUUUUAUUGCUAAGAAAGGCAAAGAAAGCACCAAAUUCGUCCUACAGUUAUUCUAUAACUUUCGUACGGUGCAUAAAAAAAUCUUACUGACUCUGCGGGUCUUAUUUGCCCAGC